UGUUGUUGUUGGAGCUAUGGCCGAGCGAGAGGUGGCAGCGAGCAGAGGGGUCAUUCACAAAGUGCUGGCUGCUGCUGGAGUUCAGAGUCUCGUCAGUAAUGCUUGGGAAUAUGUGGAGUCAACUGUAAGAUGGUGCUGGCUCCCUAACUGGCUGCCAUCAUGGUGCUCCACUUCACUGAACCAACUGAAGACAGCAGAGGAACGCAUGCUGCGAUGCCUCUCAAGCUCUUUCACCAAACAGUAUGUCCCUAUUUCCCAUAACAACCUGCUAUGGACUCUUACCUUCCCCAGUGACCUGCUCACACACAGGACCCCCAUGGUUCUCCUUCAUGGUUUUGGGGGUGGAGUUGGACUUUGGGCUCAGAAUGUUGACGUCCUCUCACGACACAGACCAGUCCUAGCUUUAGACUUGCUGGGUUUUGGACUCAGCACCAGACCGCAGUUCUCCUCAGAGCCACAGGAGGCAGAGGAGCAGUUUGUGGACUCCAUUGAACAGUGGAGAAGGAAGUUAGAGCUGGAGACCAUGAUCCUGGUGGGGCAUAACUUAGGAGGGUAUCUGACCGUUUCAUACGCCAUUAAAUAUCCAGACAGAGUGAAGCACAUAAUCCUGGUGGAGCCAUGGGGUUUCCCAGAGAGUUUUGACCAAAGCGACCCAGACCGCCCCAUCCCAGUGUGGAUCAAAGCUCUGGGCGCCAUGUUCAGCCCCUUCAACCCUCUGGCUGGCCUCAGACUGGUGGGGCCACUAGGUCCCACGCUGGUCCAGACCCUUAGACCAGACUUUAAGAAGAAGUUUUCCUCCAUGUUUGAUGACAACACAGUGCCAGACUACAUAUACCACUUAAAUGUUCAAUCACCAAGUGGGGAAACAGCAUUCAAAAACAUGACUCUCUCUAAUGGCUGGGCUAAGAGGCCGAUGCUGCACAGAAUAGACAGAUUACAUCCUGGUAUCCCCAUCUCCAUCAUCUACGGCUCCAGGUCCAACAUAGACAGCAACUCGGGCAGCGCCAUCAAAAGCAUUAGGCCCAACUCACGAGUGGAUAUCAUAACCAUUCGUGGUGCUGGACAUUAUGUGUUUGCAGACCAGGCUGAAGAUUUUAACCAGAUAGUUUUAGAAUUGUGUAAAAACGUGGACUGAAUCACAAACUGUUACUGAAAUGUGGAAAAGAAGGGUAACACCAACAACUUAUAGCCUAUGGGAUGACACAGGAUAUUACUAUGUCUAUUUGGUAAGAAUUAUUUUAACACUGUUCAUUUUAAUGUUAUGUCUGUCAAUUACUCACAUUCCUAUAGGAAAUGCCAAACAACACUUUCACAUUAUGCUUGGUGCCUAAUGAACUAAUUUAUUGAUGUAUUUAUGCUCAUUAACAGCAAAUUGCCUCUUGUUAAUUAAGAAGAACCGGAAUAAUAUGCUAAACACACAACCAACAAGCCUCAGACUAAUUUAUAUCACUGUCUAUAGGAAAUACAUAUAUUGUAUAAUGUGCAACCAGCUAUAGACUCAUUAUAAUGGUGGUAUAGAAAAAUAAUACACUUAUUAGAUGUAUAAUUUUGACAGUUUCUGUCUAUAUAACCCAGCAGUUAUUUUUAUUUAUUCCCUGCAGACUGGAAUAGGGUAGCAAAAGUAUUGAAAAUCAGAUACUAGUUGAUUAAUUGAUUGAUUGAUUAAAACUCAAGUAUCAAUUAUAAAAAAAGUCACAUUCACAGGCCAGAAAUGAACCUUUCCUGAAUAGGUUUAGAACGAUCUUGAGCUGUAUCGUAACUAGUAUAAGACCACAUAGUCUAGUAUGGACCAAUAUGUGACCUACCUGGACGACUGAAGGAUUACACAGAUUUAAGACCACAUGGUAAUAUAAUAGAAAGUAGUAUGAUUUAAUGUUCAAAAUCACUUUUGAUUGUCUUAAUAAAUAAUUUAUAAAAAAAAACAUCAUGGUAUCUCAGUUGAGUUUGAAAUUAUAGUAUAAUAAACUAGACUGGGAACACAAAAGAUAUAAUUUUGGAAGAGCUCAGACAAAAAUAUGUCUACUACUUUUUUAUUAUUUAACACAUAUACUUAGAGGGCAAAUGCUCACUUGCUGCCUAAAAUAUUCCAACCUCCACCAGUUGCCAUGAUGAAAAUAUAUUCACUUUGCCACUUUGUGUUGUUUCACCAUGAUAAGUGCAGGUUUAUGGACACUAAAAUAAACCCAGCAUUGCGGGAUUGAAAAUCCUCAGUUACAGUGUUACUUCCUGUUCUUCCUGUACUCUGAUAGGACUCCUGCCUCAGCAAUAGGAAGCACAUAUAGAUUUAUUUAUAGCCAAUAUCAAUCUAUAUUGUCUUACCUCUGCUGUUGGUGGAAGCUCUGUUUUUACCUUAUUUAUUCA